GUUCGUAUUUUUCUCCUAUUGGAUAUUUGUGUUGUCUACCAAAAAGGCACUUGGCAACCGUAUCCCUUCAGACAGAGGACGGAGUUGUGGGAUGCAGUGCAAAAGGCUGCACUGUAGGGGUUGGGUUAUCAGGUUUUUCUUGAGCUCUCUGUGUGUCAGAGUGAAUUACAAGUAAGAGUCAUGUUGAGGGACACCAUGAAAUCUUGGAAUGAGAGCUCAGACGUCUACAGCAGUGACCAAGAGGAAGAAGAAGAGGAGGAGGAAAUGAUAUUUGGAGAAAAUGAUGAUGAUCUUGAAGAACUUAUGGAUCUUAGUGAUCUCCCAAUGUCUCUCUUUGCAUGUAGUGUUCACGAGUCUGUUUUUGAGUUAGAAGAACAGAAGGAACGAUUUCAAGCACUUUUCACAAUAUAUGAUGAGCAGGUCUCAUUCCAGAUGUUCAAAAGCUUUAGAAGAGUAAGAAUUAACUUCAGCAAUCCUGAAGCAGCAGCACGGGCUAGAAUUGAGCUGCAUGAGUCUGAUUUCAAUGGAAAGAAGUUAAAAUUAUAUUUUGCACAGGCACAGGUGUCUACAGAGGAGGGUGAAAAGUCUUUCCUACUCCCCCCACAACCAGUGAAGCAGUUUCUUAUAUCUCCACCAGCAUCUCCCCCUGUAGGAUGGAAGCAGAGAGACGAUCCAACUCCAGUUAUCAACUAUGAUUUACUGUGUGCUGUUUCCAAACUUGGCCCAGGAGAGAAAUAUGAACUGCAUGCAGGUACUGAAUCCACACCUAGUGUGGUGGUUCAUGUGUGCGAAAGUGAGACGGAAGAGGAUGAAGACGAAAUGAAGGGGCCUAAGCAGAAAAUAGCCCAUACAAAGCGUCCUGCUAACCCCACCACCAUUUUAAACUAGCUUUAUAUCUGUAAAUGAAGUUGUAGAGUGCAGAAAGCAUAUCUUUAAAAAAGGAAAUGUAGAAUUCAUUAUUCAUAUAUUGUAUAUAGCUAAAGACAAUCUAGGUCAUAUUAUCAGAAGUCAUAUAAAAGUUUUAUUUAUUUUUAUGGAUCUUUUGAGGUUUUUAUUUGUGUGACACUAUCAGUGUUUUUAAUUGCAGUAAAAUUGCAUCUCUGUAACCCACACAACUAAUUUAAAGGGGCAGUUCCUCAUAGCUGGGAAGUUUGAGUUGUUUUUUUAUUACUGUAUAGGAUGUUUGCUCGUUUCUGUAAAUGUGUCUGUGUAUGGAUACUGUAUAUGCACAACUCCUUUUUGAUCUUUGAUUGUAUUUAUGAGAUCAGUUUUGGAGAAAAAUAAUUCAAAAAGAAAAAUUCAGAAUGUGAAUCCUAUUUUUCUUUGCUGAUUUUUAUCGUUUACCCACCAUAUUGUAAGGCAGAUUCUGUUUGAAAUGAAAGGAGGAACUAAGACAAAUAUUUUGAAAUAUUUAUAGUCUGAUUUAGUUUUUUUAUACAAUAUCACAUCUUUUUACCCUGCUAUAUGGGACAGUCCCUUUGAAAGGACACUUUAAAUUAGUUUGUCAACCUCACAAUUUUAUUAUAAUAGCAGAUUGAAAUGACUUACUGUUAAAAUAUUCUAGAUUAGCCAUAUUUAGUGUGUGUUACAAAUUGUCUAGUGUUAUGUCAAUGACAAGUACAGAUUUGCACUUCCCACAUUCACUUCAAAUGUUCUUGUUCUAUUUAAAAGUGAAUGUUUCAAAAUGCAUUUUAAUGGACGUUCCCGUGGUGAAUAAAUCCAUCUUUUUCUGUCCCUGUCCCCCAGUGAGCAGUAGAAUCCCAGGGCUUACAUAAUCGUGCACUUUCUGUACGUUUCACAUUCAUUCUAAACGGUUUUUACGUAACCGAUUUCAGGCAAAAAGAACUAUAAAUCCUGCUCUUUCGUAUGUAUGAUAGUUUUUUUUUUAGUAAUAUAUCCCUUUAAGCUAAGACGUAUUACUGAUUGCAGUUUGCUGUCCAAUAUUUUUAACCCUGGUAUUUGUUUCUUCCUCUUAGUUAUAAGCCAUAUAUCCAUUUUUUUUUAUUUGGCCUUUAGAAGUCAUCGUGGAAUGGAUUUGGAGAAAAUAGUUUUUUUCAGCAGGUUAUUCCUUGAAAUGGAAUUUAUUUUAUCUACCGUAUGGAUGGCUAACUGGCAGCUAUAAGGCCUCACACAGCCCUCUGCACUAAUUUUAGUGGUCCCCAGGAGAAAGUAGAACUAAUGUGUGCCAUAGUUUUUGCGGCCCCUGAAAAAACCAGGACUAUCAUUUGUAGCUAAAAAGAGGGGGAGGGGAGGACAGCAGAUCUAGGGUACCCUACAACCUUACCUAAAUCUUACCCUGAGCCACUGGACAUCUAAGGAAUUUUUUGUGUGUUUAAUAGCCAUAAACUUAUAUGUGGCCUUUAAGGCUUCUAAAAUAUUCAUCUUCAUCCCCCAUUUGUUAGUAAGUUGUUUGAACCUUUAUUAUUUCAGAAUGUAUUAUAAAUGUAUUAUUUGUCUUAUGUAUUUUGUGAUUUGUUUGUUUGAGUGGUUACGCACAAAUUAAGCCUUUUUUAACUGCAGAUUUAGCUCUUGAAAUAGUACAUAUUUUUGGAAUAGCCAUUUGUUAAAUAUGUAAAGAGACAUUGUCAUCCACUUAAAACCAUUAGUCUGUUAAACAGCAAUGUAAUCAGUUGUAUAGAAGUUUUAAAUUCUUUUUAAGUGGCCAGUGUAUUAAACGUCUUAAGCAACUGUAUGUUUUUCUAACUACAUUAAAUCAGUGUUUCCCAA